AUGUUCUGUGAUUCCAGGUACUCUUCUUCUUCUACUUCCUCUAGAUGUAGAUGGGUGUGUCAUGUCUUUUUGAGUUUUAGAGGAGAAGAUACCCGAAAGAAUUUUACAGAUCAUCUUUAUAGUGCCCUAGUCCGAACAGGAAUCUAUACCUUUCGGGAUGAUAAUGAACUUCCUAAAGGAGAAGAAAUCUCCAAACAACUCCUUAAGGCAAUUGAGGAAUCAAGGAUUUCUAUAGUUGUCUUCUCCAAAGGCUACGCUUCCUCCACAUGUUGUCUUGAUGAACUGGCAAAGAUUAUGGAGUGCAAAGAUGCCAUUGGCCAGAUUGUUAUCCUCAUAUUCUACAAUAUAGAUCCGUCUGAUGUUCGAAAACAGAAAAAGGAGUUUUGCAGAAGCUUUUAA